AAUGAUAACAAAAAAUUUAGCAGACAAACAUUUGAGCACAUCAUAAUUGCAGAAAUAUUUUGUUAAAUCUAUUUUCCAUCGAGAAAUAUAGUUUAUAUUCAAUUUAAUUAUUUAAUUAUCAUUAAGUUUAACAUUGCAUCCACCUUUGUCCAGCUAAAUAAACAAAAUCGGAGUCGCUGCUUUCACGGAUAGUAAAUUUCAACUGAUAAAGUUGCAGAUUUAGUCGGUUUAAAUUACAUAAUAAAAUUCGGGACUUAAAAUUUCGUUGAUAAAUAAUAAAAUCAAAAGUAAAGGAAAAAUGCAACAUUUGUGUGCUACUGAUUAGCAACGCCGUUCCGUCAUCGAAAUCCUACUUUAUACACACCAACAAAACGACAAGAUUUCGAUAAAAGAAGAAAACAAUUUACGAAAAUAUACAUUUAACAUUGACACUGCUAAUUGGCGAUAAUAAUUUCGUGGCAGUUGAAUUAAAAAUGUGCUUUGGUGCGUCGACAUUGUCAUUAAAUAAAUUUCGGUUUAUUUUGCGACAGAAGAUUGAUCACCUCAACAUAAAUCGUCGUCUUCAGUAGACUUCGAACGGAGGAGCGAGAAAGAAGACUUUAGUAACACUUAUCUAAUCAGGAGUAUCAGUGUUGUUGGGUACGGACAAAAUAAAAAUAAAUUUAAAAUCAGCACGAGGGACAUCAAAAUAUGAUAUGCGAGGUGAAAUGCAGCAACCAAUAGCUAGAAGGACUGAACAACCGCCACAUCCGGUCAAAUAUCACUAUGCCGAUACAUUUUGGUGCAUUUACAUUACGUCAGUGGUUAGUGCGUGCAUUGCCGAACUAGCCACUUAUCCUCUAGAUUUAACGAAAACAAGACUACAAAUACAAGGAGAGGCUUUAACUGCGAAUCUUAAUAAUGUCAAGAAGCUGCACAAUCACCGUGGUAUGUUGGGUACUGCACUGGGAAUAGUGCGCGAAGAAGGAUCACUUAAAUUGUGGCAAGGAGUAACACCAGCCCUAUAUCGUCACGUAGUUUACAGUGGCUGUCGCAUCGUUGUGUACGACAAUUUGCGAAAGAAACUGGGUUCGACCGGUCAGGUUGGAAUUCCGUUGUAUCAGUCGGCGAUUUGUGGAAUAACUGCCGGUGGUUUGGCACAAUGGUUGGCCUCACCGGCCGAUUUAGUCAAAGUACAAGUUCAAAUGGAAGGUAAACGUCGACUGAUGGGACUCGAACCGAGGGUGAACAGUGCUGCUCAUGCAUUUAUGGAAAUAGUGCGGCGCGGUGGCGUCAAGGGUUUGUGGAAGGGAAGCAUACCGAAUGUUCAACGUGCAGCUCUAGUCAAUUUAGGUGAUCUGACCACAUACGAUCACAUUAAACGAACAAUUCUCACGAAAACUGGACUGCCAGAUUCGCAUACGGUGCAUAUUCUGUCUUCAAUAUGUGCUGGCUUGGUCGCAGCUGCAAUGGGAACGCCAGCCGAUGUUGUGAAGACGCGAGUUAUGAAUCAACCAACUGACAAUAGUGGAAGGGGUCUACUGUAUCGUGGGGCAAUUGACUGUCUGCGGCAAACGGUAUCAAAGGAAGGAUUUUUGGCGUUAUACAAAGGCUUUCUUCCCUGUUGGAUUCGUAUGGCUCCGUGGUCGUUAACAUUUUGGAUGUCAUUCGAAGGAAUUCGACGGAUGCUCGGCACGAAUUCGUACUGAUUUUUGAGUGGAAAUUUUGAAUUAAGAAAUUUUAAUGGCCAUCCCAUCCCAGUUAACAGCCACACACAUUGUUUCAAGUGACGAAAACGUUCUCCUUAUUGGAACGUCGGAUCAAUACCUCGAAAAGUUGAAUUUUUCUUUCUUUUUUGUAAAUGAAAAUGGCCAAUAAUGUUUUUUAGCUGUGAUGAGGUUUUCUUUUUAUAAACACAAAUUAAGUAGUCUUAGGUAUACAUAAGAGUGGUCUACUCUAGUUCGUUUUAGGUUCACAUUCUCUUAGAGAAAGUAGUUUUGUUUUUAAAAUUUAGUCGUGAUCGUUGAUGUGUGAACAGUUUUCCAAAGGUUUUUUUUUCCGCUAUUUUGUACCAAGUGUAAUUGUAAAUUAAUUUAUUUCUUAAAAAACAAAAUUCUGUUACAGCCGUAGUACGUUCGCAUAUAUAGAGCUGCUUGACCGUAAAAAUAUUUUUAUAAUAAACAAUGAAGAA